AUGACGCACAUAGGAAUCGAGGCGAAUCCAGAGAAAAUCAGAGCUAUUAGAGAGAUGCCAUCCCCAAGAACGAAGAAGGAGGUCCAGAAUCUAGCGGGACGAUUAGCAUCUUUAGAUCGUUUCAUUUCACGCUCUUCGGAUCGAUUCAAACCAUUCUUUGAUGUGUUGAAGAAAGCAGUGAAUUUUAGUUGGACGGAUGAGUGCGAAAAAGCUUUCGAUGAGAUCAAACAGUAUUUGUCAACUCCUCCAGUUUUGGUGAUCCCAAAAACUGGACAACCUAUCGGAGUUUAUUUGGCUGCAACGGAGAACGCGGUAAGUGCAGUGCUGUUUGUUACAGAUCCACAUGAAAAACCUGCUUACUUCGUCAGUAAAUCUCUGACGGGGGAGGAAACACGAUACAAGAAAAUUGAGAAGAUAGCGCUUGCACUUUUCCAUGCAUCUCGCCGCCUCAAGCCUUAUUUCCAAGGCAGGAAGAUCGUAGUCUACUCGGAAUACCCGCUGAAGAGAAUCCUGGAACGUGCUAAUGAUUCCAGUCGACUGUCCAUAUGGUCAAAUUUUCUGGGGGCGUAUGAGAUCAAGUACGAAAGCAAAACUGCAGAGAAGGGACACGCCCUGGCCGCACUGCUAGCAUAUUUUCCUGUGGACGACAUAGAAACAGUUGUCGGGGAAGAAGAGGAAUUGUUCAAACCCAUAGAGUCAGCCACUGAUCAGACUGGGGGCGAUUCCGCAAUGGAGGUCGAUACACCUGAACCAUUAUGGACUGUAUUUACUGAUGGGUCAUCAAAUGUCGGUGAAGCUGGAGUUGGAUGUGUCAUCCUUACUCCCGAAGGAUGGAGGAUCGAGAAAGCGACCAGAUUGGGUUUUCAAGCAUCAAACAAUGAAGCUGGAUAUGAAGUUUCAAUUAUCGGUUUAAAGGCUGUCAAACAGUUAGAUGCGAAGAACGUGAAGCUAGUGACUGAUUCCAUGCUAGUAGUUAACCAGUUUCUGGGGACCUACAGAGAUAAGAAAGAGAGGAUGGCCUUGUAUUUGGAUCAUAUGAGAGAGAUGGCAAAUGAGUUCGACCAAUUAUCUAUUGGGAAGCGACUGCGGUUGGAAAACAAGCACGCAGAUGCUUUAGCAUACCCUUCUUCCGCAGUCGAAACUGAUACCACCUGUUUCGUUGUAGUGGAUUUCCAAGAGUUUCCUAGCAUCUCCGACAACCAUUUUGUUCUGGCUCUAGAACACGCUAGUGGGGGAGAGAGGACAAAUACAUCAGCACAUGGAGAUACCGAGAACAUUGAUAGCAGUAUGGAUGUUGACAGUCCAGUGAUAGAUGAUUCAGGCAAUCCUGCAGAAAACGUUUCAGACUGGCGUCAACCUUAUAUCCGGUAUUUGACAACCAGUGAACUCCCAGAAGAUGAGAAACUUGCUUCAAAGGUGAAAAAGAAUGCAUGGACAUAUUCAAUGAUUGAGGGGUUGUUAUACAACAAACUGUAG